GGCUUUGUUCUUCGAACACAGCCGUGGCAACGGAAUGCCGGCUACACUCAGUUCCAUCUUCUCGUGUGAUGCUGAAUUUACGUGCAUAAUUAAGUUGCACAAUGGAGGAAACGGCCAAUACGGCGAGUCUCGAAGGCGAUGAUUUAGAUUUGGAACUCGCCUGCUCCGCGGAACAGGCCGAACUGGAAGCGAAGGCCGCUAAGGAAGCUAAGGAAGAUGAAGCAUUAACGCAACUGGUGAAUGCUGAGGAGUUUCUCGCAUCGGAAGGCGUCCCGCUGCUCGAGUAUGAAAAGCAGAUGUUUUUCGACCUUUUGCAUGCGGAUGCGUUGGUUGUUUGCGCGAAAGGCAUCACCUACGAGCGGGCAAUGUUGAAUUUGUUGAAAAUCUUCUGCGACACCUCCACGCUCGUGCUAGUAGUUAACUGUUCCGAGGGUGAGGAACAGUACUACCGCACCAAUCUCGACCACUCGGAACACAUCCAUGAAUCGGCUAAAACGGCAGCAGAACGAGAACGUACGUACCUGCAGGGAGGCAUCCAAUUCAUUAGCACUCGCAUCCUGGUAGUCGAUUUGCUGAAAAACCGCAUCCCGAUCGAGCUGAUCACGGGCAUGUUUGUGGUGCGUGCACACGAAAUUGUUGAAUCAUGCCAGGAAGCGUUCGCACUUCGGCUGUACCGGCAACGGAAUAAGGUCGGCUUCAUUAAGGCGUUUUCCCGCAACGUGGAAGCGUUCACCUACGGGUACGGGCACGUCGAGAAGGUGAUGCGCAAUCUGUUUGUGAAGGAACUGUUCAUUUGGCCACGGUUUCACAUGACCAUCCAGCGGUCGCUGAAACCGUACGAACCGGCCGUGGUCGAAAUACAGAUUCCGAUGACACAAAACAUGAUUCUGCUGCAAACGAAUUUGCUCGAUCUGAUAAACUAUCUGGUGAAAAGCAUUAAGAAUUUAAACCGGUUCGUCGAGCUGCAGGAGGUGACGGUGGAGAACUGUGUGACGAAGAAGUUCCACAAAAUACUGCAAGCCCAGCUGGAUACAAUCUGGCAUCAGUUGAGCUCGCAAACGAAAUUGAUUGUGGCCGAUCUGAAGGUGUUGCGUAGUUUGAUGAUCUCCUGUCUCUAUGGUGAUUCUGUAUCGUUUUACGCUCUGCUGAAGCGCUACCGAACGACGGAAUACGCACUGCACAACUCCGGCUGGACAUUGCUGGAAGCGGCUGAGAAAGUUUUCACCAUAGCAAAAGAACGUGUAUUUAACAGAGAAAGUGAGUUCGAACCGGAACUUUCGCCGAAAUGGAAAGCCCUUUCCGACGUGCUGCGCGUCGACAUUCCAAACGACAUGAAGGAAAUUUCGCGCAAAUUGCGCAAAAAAGAGGAACGGCAAAAGUAUCUGCAGCAGCAGGUGAAAAUACUCAUACUCUGUCAGGAUUCGCGGGCUUGCUAUCAGCUGAACCAGUUCCUCACACAAGGCCCCGAGCGCUAUCUGUUCUAUCAGGCGAUGAAGAACGACAUAUCCGUUGCAAAGUUGUCGGAACCGUUCAAACACAUCUCCACCGAAUCAGAUGCGGGCACUUUUAAGAUACAAGAGUUUGAACCAGUGCGGAAAGCGAAACCAGCUGCACCGAAUGUUGCGGAUGCGAAAAGUGCAUCCACCAGUAAGGAAGCACCAGCAAAGGGUGGAUUUUUACGUGAACGAAUAGCUAAAAAGCGUCGUGAGGCAGCGGAGGAAGAGGAAGCUCGCAAGCGCAAGGAGCUGGAGGAAGAGGAAGCAAAGGAUGGCGAUGAGAGUGGCGUUACGAAGUCGGACAUGGAGAAAGAUCUGGCUGCGGUUCGUACGGACGAGCAGGACCAUCAGCAAUACUUUCGCGACUCGUACGUACUCACAAUGUCCCAGCGCUCACUCGUGCCGGACGUGCCGGAUGCGGAUCAAUCGCAUUUCGAUGUGAGCGUGCUGGAGAGUGGAGUGUUUGAAUCCUUUGCCGAGAUGGAACAAAUGGACAUAACGAGCGUGGUGAAGGAAUCGAACCGUCCACUGGUGUUUAUACAAACGUUUAAGAGUGAAACGAGCGGUCUUGGAUCGUUGGAUCGUACGCUGGAGCAGAUCCACCCGCGUUACAUUGUCAUGUACCACACGAACGUUACCGCUAUUCGGCAGAUUGAAGUGUACGAAGCCCGCCAACAGCGUCAGGAGAUGGCACGUGUGCGAGUGUUUGCCAUCAUCCACUCGAAAACGGUCGAAGAGCAAUCGUAUCUGACCUCGUUGCGGCGCGAAAAGCAAGCGUUCGAGAUGCUGAUCGAAACGAAACGGACAAUGGUUGUGCCCGAAUAUCAGGAUGGCAAGUCGGAGGAUACGAUUAUGAUGUUGCAGAAAAAGCAGGAAAUUUCCAGCCGGCAGGCCGGUGGCCAAGAGGCAAAGGAUCCGGCCGAAAUUGUAACACCGCGCGUGGUCGUGGAUAUGCGUGAGUUCCGCUCGGAUCUGCCCUGUCUGAUCCAUCGACGAGGCAUCGAUGUUGUGCCCUUAACCAUCACGAUUGGAGACUACAUCAUUACACCGGAGAUAUGCGUGGAAAGGAAAUCGAUAUCCGAUCUGAUCGGUUCGCUAAACUCGGGCCGUCUUUACAACCAGUGCGUGCAGAUGACGCGCUACUACGCCAAACCGAUUCUGCUGAUCGAGUUCGACCAGAACAAACCGUUUCACUUUCAGCGCUACUUUAUGGUAUCAAACUCGGGUGGCGGAUCUUCGUCCGGUGUUGCUUCGUCAAAUGAGGACAUUAUGGCUAAGCUACAGCUGCUUACCAUCCACUUUCCCAAACUGCGGCUCGUUUGGUCACCCAGCCCCUACUCGACGGCACAGUUGUUCGAGGAGCUGAAGCAGGGAAAAGCAGAACCCGACCCGGAUGUGGCCGUGAAGGUGGGUUCGGAUGAAGCGGUUCAUGAUGAGCAAGAUGGAUCGUUGGAUGGGUUGGGUAAUGUGGAGGUACAAGAGUUUCUGCUCAAACUGCCCGGCAUUACGACGCGUAACGUGCGCCGUAUUUUGCGUCAGUGUGUAAGUUUGCGUGAUUUGACGCAGAAAACGGAGGCACAGCUGGAAGAGCUGUUGGGUGGGCCGGCAAUGGCGAAGCAGCUGUGGGAGAUACUGCACGUAGCACACAAACCGGCUCAGCCGGAUCCGCACGAUAAGUCUUCGUACGCCUGGAAGUUCAAGCGAGGGGGAAAGCGGUUCUGAUUGUGUAGCGGGGACAGUGAACAUUGGCAUAGUUUCCUUUGUACUGGAUGGCGAGCAUCUGUGUUGUUAUGUUGUAGUAGUUAGUUUUAUAUUUGGUUUACCUAUUUCAACAAUAAAAAUGCGAUUUUGGUAAAUGCCAAACUAUUUUUUAA